AAGCCCCCUCCACCGCCUACAGAAUGCCGGUAGAGUAAUAAAACACUGUGCGUUUAUAUAUCACCAAACAGUUUGGCGAUCGGUGAAUGAGAGUUCUCCCUUUACUUUCUCUGCGUGCGCGCUUUUCAGCGUCAAGUCUAUUCAUAGACAAUAAAAGCUUUUUAAAUAAACUUUUUAAUUGAAUGUACGUGUUGUGUUGUGUUAAGCACUAAGAUGGCGGCCUCGCUAGUAAGACUCGGCUUGCGUUCCGUAGCCCUGAAUCUGGAAAGGACGGCAGCCCUUCUCUCCACUACCACUGUACAGAACCAAAUUAAGUUGAUCCACUCCAAGGCGACGUGCACAGGCACGGUGUGCUACUUGCCGGAGCGCGAGGCGGAGCUGGACCGCGGCGCCUGCCGUCGCUACAGCAAGCAGCACGGCCGCCCCGACCAGCACCGCAGGAAACACGACAGCGACAGUGCCAGCGAGUCAGACUCCGACACUGAGUGCAAGGGAUUCGAUAGGUCAGAGUUCUGGCGGCGCAAGAUGCGCACUGUGCACAACAUCCUGGACGUGGACAAGGACGGCCUCAUCUCCUUCAGCGACUUCCAGCUCUUCGCCGACAGGUUCAAAGCUCUGGGACAUCUGGACGACGAGCAGGCUAAGGAGUUCACUGCUAUUAUUAAAUUGACGUGGGAGGAGCAGUGGGGCGCCAUAGACCCCUACAACUUUGUGACAGUGGAGCAGUACUUGGAGGACAUGCACCACGUGCUCAGUGACAGAUCGCUCAAGAAGCGCGCACAUCGCUGGCUGCCAUAUCUCUUCAAGGCCGUGGACAAGGACAAGUCAGGCUACAUAUCUGUGGCGGAGUUCAAGCUGUUCUUCCAAUGCCUGGGAUUGAGCAACGAGCACGCGGCCGUCGCCUUCGCCGUCAUCGAUACUAAUGGGGACGGCAAGUUAUCUCUGAAGGAGUUCGUGAAGUUGGGCAAAGACUUCUUCUUUACGGAAGACGAGAGCAAAGUCUCCAAGAUGUUCUGGGGUCCGCUGAUCGAUGUGUGAACUUCGGUCCGGACCAAACGAGACCAAGACUGCUUUAGUUAGGAAUAUUGACUCACUCGGAGACGUUCAGUUGCCACUAAGAGUUACUUAGUGAAGAUUUAAAAGGAUAACUCUACAUUAUAGGACCGCAGGAGUGAUUAGUAAAGUAGUUCAUUGUAGUUUUUAUAGUCUGUAAAGACGAUAAAAUGUUUUUUUUUUAUAACAUUCCGAAUGUCAUAUGAUUAUUUACUCCA